GGGGCAGGAGGCCUUUGCUUAUAAAGCCUGUGGUGAAGGGUAAGCACACUCAGCCUGGCCUGCCCAGUCCUCUGCCUGUCAUCCCCCAGCAGAUUUAGCUGCUGACAGCUGCCUGGGACUUUGCUGCCAGGCCCUGGCCCGGACUGCCACCUCUCCUCUCUUUCAGUGACUCUCCAGCCACAGACCCUCCAUGGACCAGAAGACAGAAGCCGCUGAGGCUUCUGCGCCUGCCUCCCAGAAUGGCGAGGAUCAGGAGAACCUGGAUGACCCGGAGAAGCUGAAGGAGCUGAUUGAACUGCCUCCCUUUGAGAUCGUCACAGGGGAGCGACUGCCUGUCAACUUCUUCAAGUUCCAGUUCCGGAAUGUGGAGUAUAGUUCUGGGCGGAACAAGACCUUCCUCUGCUAUGUGAUUGAAGUGCAGGACAAGGGAGGCCAAGUGCAGGCAUCCCGGGGAUACCUAGAGGAUGAGCAUGCAGCUGCCCAUGCAGAGGAAGCCUUCUUCAACACCGUCGUGCCAACCUUCGACCCGGCCCUGCGGUACAACAUCACCUGGUACGUGUCCUCCAGCCCCUGCGCAGCUUGUGCUGACCGCAUCAUCAAAACCCUUAACAAGACCAAGAACCUGCGCCUGCUCAUUCUGGUGGGGCGCCUCUUCAUGUGGGAGGAGCCCGAGAUCCAGGCUGCUCUGAAGAAGCUGAAGGAGGCUGGCUGCAAACUGCGCAUCAUGAAGUCCCAGGACUUCGAAUACAUCUGGCAGAAUUUCGUAGAGCAGGAAGAGGGUGAAUCUAAGGCCUUUGAGCCCUGGGAGGACAUUCAGGAGAACUUCCUGUACUAUGAGGAAAAGUUGGCUGAUAUCCUGAAGUAGGCAGCUGGGCACAGCCUCACGUCUGCCUGCUGCCAGGAGACAGCAGUGACAGGUAUGGCCUUACGGGACAUGCCUGACUCCCUAAUACCACUUGGAGCUGGACACCAUUCGACACCAACCAAUCCCACUGCACAAGGCCCUCUGAGGAUUCAAAAUACACUUCUCAUGCUGUAAAUCAUCUUAGCUGUGCAUCUUUCUCUAAGGCGGCUCUGGGGAAAAAAGUGAGUUGCAAGGAGAAACAGCAACCAUAUGUGGGUACCAGGCAUUAAUGGGGCUGAGGGUUCUAACUGCUCCCCAAAAUGGGCUGCGUAAGGCAAAGAGCCUCAGACAGUCCCAAGAUCUGUGCAGAUCUUUGAAGUAUGUCCAGAAAUGCAUUUGUGUCUUUUUCUAAAGAAAAGCAAGCAACAACAAUAAAAGAA